AUGACUGCGAGACCCGGAGGAAGCGAGACUCGGGCCAUGGAGGAGGGAGGCUGCCGCUACCAGUUUCGGAUCGUGCUGCUGGGGGACGCGGCUGUGGGCAAGACGUCGCUGCUGCGGUGCUACGUGGAGGGCGCGCUCGGGACCCCGGCGCCCGAGGCGGAGCCCCAGUCGGAGCCCACGGUGGGCGUCGAGUUCUACAGCCGCACGCUGCAGCUGCGAGCCGGGCCGUGGGUCAAGCUGCAGCUCUGGGACACCGCGGGCCAGGAGCGUUUCAGGUGCAUCACCAGGUCUUUCUACCGGAAUGUGGUGGGUGUCCUGCUGGUUUUUGAUAUGACAAACAGGAAGUCCUUUGAACACAUUCCACAUUGGCACGAGGAGGUCAUGGCCACUCAGGGCCCCGACAAAGCAAUCUUCCUGCUGGUUGGCCACAAGAGUGACCUGCAGAGCACCCACUGUGUCUCGGCUCAGGAGGCAGAAGAGUUGGCUGCCUCCCUGGGCAUGGCCUUCGUGGAGACCUCAGCCAAGAAUAACUGCAAUGUGGACCUGGCCUUCGACACACUCGCCCACGCCAUCCAGCAAGCCCUGCAGCAGGGGAACAUCAAGUUGGAGGAGGACUGGGGGGGCAUUCGGCUCAUCAACAAGACUCAAAGCCCUAGGCACCCCAGCAGGAAGCAGCGCGCAGGCCCAUGCCAGUGUUGA